GAUAUAAGUAUGGACUUUAUUAUAUAUUUAUUAUUAAGUAAUAAUUAUAAUAUUAUUUUAAUUAUAAUUAAUUAUUUAAUAAAAAUAAAGUACUUUCUUUCCUAUAUUAAGAUAAUUAAUAUUAAAAAAAUAGCUAAUCUAUAUUUUAAGUAUAUCUAG